GAUCGUGUGUAGAAGGGACUGUCUCAGCUCUGAGUCAUGGAAAGCCCCCUCCGUCCGCCACUAGCCUGCUCUUCUCCACAGACUGACUUCCAGACGCUGAGUUAGCGACACACUGCUCCCCUCCAACUGAACACAACCAGGAAGGGGACGAAGUCACAGCAGAGCUUCGUACGCACAGAGGAAAGGAAUUACAGCUCCUCUCCAACGAACCAACAGCUAGCUGCUUUUAGCUGAGUUGGUUAGUUUGAGUUAGGUCGGUUUCUCUCCUUGUCUUGUUUUUUUUUUUUUUUUUUCUGUGGAUUUGGGAUUUUUGAUCGAGAGUCAAGAUGGUGGAUUUACAAGAGUACCUGUGGAUGGUGAUCCUGGGCUUCGUCAUAGCCUUCAUCCUGGCGUUCUCUGUUGGGGCCAACGACGUGGCCAACUCGUUCGGGACGGCGGUGGGGUCGGGGGUGGUGACGCUGAGACAGGCCUGUAUCCUGGCGUCCAUCUUUGAGACGUUGGGUUCCAUGCUGCUUGGAGCCAAGGUGGGGGAGACCAUACGGAAAGGCAUCAUAGACGUCAACCUAUACAACGAGACGGUGCCUGUUCUCAUGGCGGGGGAGGUCAGCGCCAUGGUCGGUUCAGCGAUUUGGCAACUCAUCGCCUCGUUCCUCAAACUACCCAUCUCCGGGACGCAUUGCAUCGUGGGUUCGACCAUUGGGUUCUCCAUGGUGGCCAUUGGCACCAAGGGCGUACAGUGGAUGCAGCUGGUCAAGAUUGUUGCAUCCUGGUUCAUCUCUCCCCUACUGUCAGGAAUGAUGUCAGGGUUCCUCUUCUUUCUCAUCAGACACUUCAUCCUGAAUCAGGAUGACCCGGUGCCCAACGGUCUCCGUGCCCUGCCAGUGUUCUACGCCUCAACAAUAGGCAUCAACGCCUUCUCCAUCCUUUACACAGGAGCACCAUUGCUAGGUCUGGAGAUGUUACCGGUGUGGGCUAUAGCUCUGAUCACGCUGGCGGGGGCUCUGGUCUGUGCUGCCGUGGUCUGGUUUGCUGUCUGCCCCUGGAUGAGACGGAAGAUAGCAAGUCGAAUAAAGAAGGAGCGAGCUGCCCUGUCCAGGAUCUCAGACGAGUCCUUAGAACAGAUCCCUGAGGAGGAAGAGGAGGAGCUUCCCGUGUUCAAGGAGCUACCGGGCGCCAAGGGGACAGACGACGCCGUGCUGCCGUUAACGGGUGGUACCGGAGGAGAGUCACGGAGAGGAGAAUCCACCGGAGAGCUCAACAGCCUGGCCAACGGAGGCACUGCCCUGCCCAAAGGACGUGUCUAUGGACGAACCCACUCCAUGACCAACGGUACUCUGUCCAUGUCCAAGUCCCCACUGUCCAACGGCAGCUUCACCUUCGGCGGGGAACACAUCCGCAGCGACGGCCAGGUGUACCACACGGUUCACAAGGACUCUGGUCUCUACAAAGACCUGCUCCACAAGAUUCACCUGGGACGACUGGAGGACGACAACUCCGCCCCCACGCCAGACAACAACUACCGCCUGCUGCGUCGCAACAACAGUUACACCUGCUACACGGCCGCCAUCUGUGGCAUGCCGGUCCAGCCACUGCUCCGGUCCGAGUCCCGCGAGGCCCGAGAGGCCCGAGAGGACAGUGAGAAGCUGGUGGGGGAGGGGGAGAGGUCGGGGAGUGUGUCCUACACCAAGAAGAGAGUUCGCUACGAUAGUUACUCGUCGUACUGUAAUGCCGUGGCGGAGGCCGAGAUCGAGGCGGAGGAGGGUGGCGUGGAGAUGAAGCUGGCGUCGGACCUGGGGGGCGAGGAGGCAGGGGCGCCGGGUGCUCCUGUCCCGCUGGAUGACUCCGCAGAAGAGGAUGAAGGGGAUAAGGACAAACCGACCGUCUACCUGCUCUUCCACUUCCUGCAGAUCCUCACUGCAUGCUUCGGAUCUUUUGCUCACGGAGGCAAUGACGUCAGUAACGCCAUCGGCCCGUUGGUGGCGCUGUGGAUGAUCUAUGAACAAGGCGGGGUGAUGCAGGACGCCGCCACCCCCAUCUGGUUGCUGUUCUACGGGGGCGUUGGAAUCUGUUGCGGCCUCUGGGUGUGGGGGCGCCGGGUGAUCCAAACCAUGGAGGAUCUCACCCCCAUCACCCCCUCCAGCGGAUUCACUAUAGAGCUGGCUUCCGCUCUCACUGUUGUGUUGGCUUCCAAUAUCGGAAUCCCUGUCAGUACCACACACUGCAAGGUGGGCUCGGUGGUAGCGGUUGGCUGGAUCCGCUCCAAGAAGGCGGUUGAUUGGCGGUUGUUCCGUAACAUCUUCCUGGCGUGGUUCGUCACGGUGCCGGUGGCGGGGCUGUUCAGCGCCGCGGUCAUGGCUCUGUUCGUCUACGGCAUCCUCCCUUACGUCUGAGGAAGAGAGGAGAGAGGGAGGAAAGAGGAGAGAGGAAGGAGAGAGGGAGGAAAGAGGAGAGAGGAAGGAGAGAGGGAGGAAAUAGGAGAGAGGAAGGAGAGAGGGAGGAAAGAGGAGAGAGGGAAGGGGAGAGGGAGGAAAGAGGAGAGAGGGAGGCCUCAAGGAGAUGGAGAGUGGGGGGAGAUAAAAGUGAGGGGUAAAGAACGAGGGGAUGAAGAGUGGGCCUCGAUGUUAAGAAUGGGGCUAGGGGGAGAGGAGAGGGGUGGAAUGGUUAAUUACACUGUGUCUGGAGAAGAGGGUUAGAUCACAUGCUGCCUGGGUUCUAGUCCUGAAGAAGGUUAGAUUACAUGCUGCCUGGGUUCUAGUCCUGAAGAAGGUUAGAUUACAUGCUGCCUGGGUUCUAGUCCUGAAGAAGGUUAGAUUACAUGCUGCCUGGGUUCUAGUCCUGAAGAAGGUUAGAUUACAUGCUGCCUGGGUUCUAGUCCUGAAGAAGGUUAGAUUACAUGCUGCCUGGGUUCUAGU